GGGCAAUUACCAGGAAAAAAUCUGAAUUAAAAAAAGUUAGUAAAACAGGCCAAGAACAAGCAAUGCAGAAAAGGAAUAGCUUAACAAAGAUUAGGCGAAAAGAACUGUACAAGAUUCAAAUCCAACAAUAUGAAACUAAUCAAUUAGAAAAGAAAUUAGGAAAGAAAUUAGGAAAGAAAUUAGGAAAGAAAUUAAAAAAUAAAUUAGAAAAUAAAUUAGAAAAUAAAUUAGAAAAUAAAUUAGGAAAUAAAUUAGGAAAUAAAUUAGAAAAGAAAUUGGAAAAAUAUCAAAUUCAGAAUCGGCAA